ACAGAUUGUUCUUCCACAAGUCCACACAUCAUGUCGACAUUCGGAACGCAUUUCAAAGUAACGACCUAUGGCGAGUCGCACUGCCUUAGUGUCGGAUGUAUCGUCGACGGAGUGCCGCCGGGUAUGGAGCUCACCGAGGCCGACAUCCAACCUCAGAUGACCAGACGUAGACCGGGACAGAGCGCCAUCACGACACCACGCAAUGAGAAGGACAAGGUCGAGAUCCAGUCGGGAACCGAGUUCGGAAUCACAUUGGGCACCCCCAUUGGCAUGCGCGUCAUGAACGAGAACCAGAGACCCAAGGACUACGGCAACAGCACCAUGGACCUGUACCCUCGCCCUAGCCACGCCGACUGGACCUACCUGGAGAAGUACGGUGUCAAGGCUAGCAGUGGAGGUGGCAGAAGCAGUGCGCGUGAGACUAUUGGCCGUGUCGCUGCCGGUGCCAUCGCCGAGAAGUACCUCAGACUGGCCCACGGCAUCGAGAUCGUCGCCUUCACCUCUUCCGUCGGACACGAGCAGCUCUACCCUGCCACCGCAGACCACCCUACCCCCUCUACCAACCCGGAGUUCCUCAAGCUCAUCGACGAAAUCACGCGCGAGAAGGUCGACGAGUUCCUUCCCGUCCGCUGCCCCGACGACCAAGCCAACGACCGCAUGGCCGAAUUGAUCGCAAAGUACAAGGAGCAGGAGGACAGUAUCGGUGGCAACGUCACUUGUGUCAUCCGCAACGUGCCCUCUGGUCUGGGUGAGCCCUGCUUCGACAAGAUGGAGGCAAUGUUGGCCCACGCCAUGUUGAGCAUUCCUGCCACAAAGGGCUUCGAGAUCGGUUCAGGCUUCGGCGGUACAAAGGUCCCUGGUAGCAUCCACAACGACCCUUUUAUCGUCGCCCCUGCUCCCAAGGGCUCAGCCGCUGCUUCGGGUGCCGCUAAGGCUGGUAUCGCUCGCCCUCGUCUGACCACAAAGACCAACAACUCUGGCGGUAUCCAGGGCGGUAUCACCAACGGUGCUCACAUUUACUUCUCUGUCGGCUUCAAGCCUGCUGCCACCAUUGGCCAAUCGCAGUCUACCGCAACCUACAACGAGACUGAGGGUGUUCUCGAGGCAAAGGGCCGUCACGACCCUUGCGUCGUUCCCCGUGCCAUUCCCAUCGUUGAGGCCAUGGCCGCUCUCGUCAUCAUGGACGCUUUGAUGGCUCAGAACGCUCGCCAGGCCACACGUUCUCUGCUUCCUCCUCUCCCCAACGUCAUCUCUGUGCAAGCCGCUCGCCAGGCCGACCAGGCUGCCAAGGAGGAGCAGCAGACCAUCAAUGUCGAGACCAAGAACUAGAUCCCCUUUUCGAUCGAGCCAUUUUGACGCAAAAUAUGUGGUGUUCGGCGUAAACGAGAUAUAGAAAAAUGCUAGGAC